AUGAGUGUGGUCUGCAAGUACUUCAAUUCCGUGGCUUCAGACGAAAAGCUUUGGGUUUUCUUUCUCCAGAAUGAUAAUGCUUCUCCUCCUCACUCUUGGGAUUCUCUUAUCAGAACCCUCACACCUCAACCGACCCAAUUGUCUUUUAUGCGGAUUUAUGGUCAACGUUUGAAAGUCCCUGACUCAAUUAUCAUUGAUGGUGGCUCUGGCUAUUGCAAAUACGGUUGGAGCAAGUAUGCUGCUCCAUCUGUGCGCUCUGCUACUUUCUUGGUCACCUUUUAA